AUGCGUCCCAGAGUUCUGAAGGAGAUGACUGAUGUGGUUACCAAGACACUCUCUGUCAUAUUUGAAAACCUGUGGCUGUCAGAUGAAGCUCCCAGUGACUGGGAAAAAGGAAAUAUUCAAGAAAGGGAGAAAGGAAGACUUGGGGAACUGCAGACUAGUGAUCUUCUCAUCUAUGGCAGGGAAGAUCGUGAAGCUGAUCUUCCUGGAAUAGAUGUUAAGGGGUCGGUGCUGGGGCCUGUCCUCUUCAAUAUCUUUAUUGAUGACCUCGAUGAGGGCAUCGAGUGCACCCUCAGUAAAUUCGCAGAUGACACCAAAUUGGCUGGAAGUGUGGAUCUGCCUGGGGGUCGCGAGGCCCUACAGAGGGAUCUGGACAGGCUGGAGAGCUGGGCUGGAGCCAAUGGGAUGAGUUUCAACAAGGCCAAAUGCCGGGUCCUGCACUUCGGCCACAACAACCCCAGGCGACGCUACAGGCUUGGGGCGGUGUGGCUGGAGGACUGUGUAGAGGAAAUGGACCUGGGGGUAUUGAUUGAUGCUCGGCUGAACAUGAGCCGACAGUGUGCCCAGGUGGCCAAGAAGGCCAAUGGCAUCCUGGCUUGCAUCAGAAACAGCGUUGCAAGCAGGAGCAGAGGUGAUUGUUCCCCUAUAUUCAGCACUCGUCAGGCCGCACCUCGAGUACUGUGUCGUUUUGGGCCCCUCACUGCAAGAAAGAUAUUGAGGCUGGAACGUGUUCAAAGGAGGGCAACAAAGCUGGUGGGGGGUCUGGAACACAGGCCAUAUGAGGAGAGGCUGAAGGAGCUGGGAAUGUUCAGCCUGGAGAAGAGGAGGCUCAGGGGAGACCUCAUUGCUCUCUAUAACUUCCUGAAGGGAGGCUGUAGUGAGCUGGGGGUCGGCCUCUUCUCUUGUGUCAUUAGUGAUAGGACCAGGGGGAAUGGUUUCAAGCUACGCCAGGGGAAAUUCAGGCUGGACAUGAGGAAGUAUUACUUUUCAGAAAGGGUGGUCAGGCACUGGAAUGGACUGCCCAGGGAGGUGGUGGAGUCGCCGAGCCUGGGGGUGUUCAAGGAAAGGCUGGAUGUUGUGUUGAGGGACAUGGUUUAG